GCAUAGAUCUUAUGGAACAGAAGCGGACAUGUGGAGCAUUGGUGUAAUUGCCUAUAUUCUUCUAUGUGGAAGCAGGCCUUUCUGGGCGCGAACAGAGUCCGGUAUAUUUAGGGCCAUCCUGAAAACUGAUCCAAACUUUGAAGAAACCCCUUGGCCCUCUUUGUCUUCUGAUGCAGUAGACUUUGUAAAAAGAUUGCUGAAUAAGGAUUACCGCAAAAGGCUAACUGCAGCUCAGGCUCUCAGUCAUCCUUGGUUGGCUGGUUAUCAUGAUGUGAAGAUUCCUUUGGAUAUGAUAGUAUAUAAGCUUGUAAAAGCUUAUGUAUAUUCGUCUUCUCUUCGAAAAGCUGCUUUAAGGGCUCUUGCUAAGACAUUGACUAUACAACAACUAGCUUAUCUUCGGGAUCAGUUUACAUUAUUAGCGCCAAGCAAAAGUGGACUUGUAGCACUACCAAACUUCAAAAUGGCUGUGAUGAAGAACGCCACCGAUGCAAUGAAGGAUUCAAGGGUUUUCGACUUUGUCAAUACGGUGAGUUCUCUUCAAUACAGAAAGUUGGAUUUUGAAGAAUUCUGUGCUGCAGCGAUAAGUGUACAUCAGCUUGAAGGAAUGGAAAGCUGGGAGCAACAUGCUCGUCGUGGCUAUGAGUUCUUUGAAAAGGAGGGGAACAGGCCUAUUAUGAUAGAGGAACUCGCCUCGGUACAUUUUCCCCCUCCCCUUUUCUCAUAG